AACCACCAGCUUCAUCACUGGCCACGGACAUUCACCAACCUCUUCAAGGUUAUUAUACCGCUCUAGCCAUCUAUCUCCCUGAUUUGCUCCCUCUUACCUGUGUGACCGGCCGCGGAACAUAUGUCUUCUGUCCUUGCUGGUGUUUGGUGCUUUCAAGGCUUGUGGCCCGACCUCCGAAGUAGCAACUUGAACCACUACUAUCGGAGCAAACAAGCUGCAUCGUAUGAUAUGCUGCAGUCCCCUUAUACUUCUUGACCACAUUCAGCCAACUUAUUAUUACCUUCUAGAGACGACCCGGCCUCCCGUUGCACUGAGCAUUGGCUCAACGCCCUCUCCACGUCAAGUUCAAUGCUCCACUACAUGGCGUGUUCGGAUUCCGUGUUGUGACGCCGCUGUCGGCCAAUCAUCGUCUCCAAGGCUGAGCCAAGACCAAGAGAAAUGCUGCAGCCUGUGCGAUGGUCCACUCUGGAACCUCAAGUUGAUUAGCAGAGUUCGGCUAUCUGCUGCCAUCUGUAAGGUUCUCAAACCUGGGAUCGAAGGCACCAGCUUUCUUUGCAACGGGAGAGUAACGUGGAAGAAAUACUCUAUGGCUCCAUUGUCGGGCUUACAUUGAAUCAUGUUGGUGGUAUAAAAAGCUAUGUCAUCCCCAAAACAGCAACCCGUGUCCUCAGCUCCAUCCAAGAACCUCUCUCGACGUGCACAACACCGUAUAUAGACACGAGCAACAACAUUGGUCACGAGUACUUUGGUCCAAUAAUUAGCUUACAACAACCAUGAGCGAGCAAUCCCCCAAAGCAACAUCGCUCCGCGUGGGAGUACUGCUCAUUCCGCCUGUGCAGCUCCUGGAUGCAUCGCCCAUUGAUCUCUUCGGGAUGCUCACCCCGACAUACCUCCAGUCAUGCGGUCUGCCACAACCGCUGCUCAACCUGGCCAUCGACGUGUCCAUCCACUACAUCAGCGCCUCUGGUCCAGACACACACGCUCCGAUGACUUCCUCAGCAACACUGCCAGUGACGGACGGGUUGGAUUCUCCAGCAGUACAGCCGGGGAAUCUCGACACCCUACUCAUCCCCGGGCCUGACCCAAAUCUCGUCCCCGAUCAGGCCGUGCUUGAUUUCAUCCGAGCCCAUCGAAAUGCCGCCGCGACAGAUUUCCUGGUCAUCUGCACGGGCAGUUUUCCUGCCGGAUACGCCGGCUUACUGGAUGGAAAGCGUGUGACUGGUCCUAGGGGCCUGUUGCCCAAGUUGAAGGAAAAGUUCCCCGCCGCUGAAUUCGUGGAUAGGAGGUGGGAAAGCGAUGGGCGGCUGUGGACUUGUGGCGGAAUCACCAACGGUCUUGACCUGACAGCAGCGUAUCUACACCAUAAAUUGCAGAAGGAGCUCGCAGACCUUGUCUGCGCCAUGGCAGAGGUCGGCGACCGGCCGCAGGAGUACGACUCAAGCAGAACAAGCAGCACGCUGUGGUUCGUCUGGCUGAUUAUCAAAUCUCUUGUCAAAGGUGGGAACAAAGGAAAAAGCAGUGGCAGCAGCACCAGCACGACCGGAUUGAACACGGACAAACGCCAGGGCAAGAAAGCAGUGUAGACAGGGAGAGAGAUCAAGUCAACUUAACUCGUUAGUGGUCAAUGAAAAAUAAAGGGCUGCUCAGAAAGAUGCGUGUAAGUAAAUUGUUCAUUUGUUAUUCUUGUUUAACAUUGAUGAUGAAACUCGUUCGUUCUUAAUCCACUCAGAUCGCUACCAGUGGGGAUAGAGAGACCAGGCGCUUUGUCGCACCAGCUCUUCGACAGUGGUAUCUUCCACCUGGGCGACUUUUGAAACUCGUUCGUUCUUGACUCCCUCGGUCCGCUACCACCAGGGGCAGGGAGAACGGUGCCACCACUUCUUCCAUGGUGGUGUUUUCCACCUGGACGACUUCUUUGUGUGGUCGGAUGCCAUGAUGCUCCGACCACCAUCCGCCGUGAUGGAAAGGACAAGGAUGUCCACGGCCAUCUUCCACUCCUGGGCCCAGAUUUUCCUCUCGAUGCUCUUCUGGCUUCCUUCCGCUUUUUUGCGAACUGCGCUUGUGCUGUCGCCGAGAAGAUGUUGCUGCUGCGGCGGUUGUUGCAGCAACUCUUGUUGUGGUUGGGCCGAGGCUGCGGUUGUUGCAGAAAUUGUUGCGCCUGCUGUUGGGCUUGCUGUUGUGCCUGCUGGUGCUGGCGCUGGCGCUGGCCAUCGGCCAGCAGCCAUUUCCGCCCACCGAGCGACGCGCCUUCGGGUGGUAAAGGCGGAGAAUCCCCUAUCCAUUCCUCGACAGCUGUAUCCCCCGUCGCAUAGCCACGACCAUUCUCAUUUCCAUUCCCUGUCCCCCGAUCCCUCCCCCUUCCCCAUAUCCACCCCACGGCCCAUAGCCGGUCCCAUCCACCAUCCCCUUCGCCAACUCCCUCUCAACCUAUACCGCCAAUCCGCCCACCCAUCUUGCGAGAGCAGCCUCACUUAUUUGAUAGGCAUACUCCAGCGGAGAUCAUCUGGAAAUCUCUCCAGUGCCUUCGGUGGAUGUUGGAGGCCGACUGUUUUCGAUUGAUCUGUGAUCCAGAGACACCACCCCGGAUACUCGGGGAUUGGGCCCAUUAUGUGGCCCUCACCAUAUAGUCGGCAUUAUCUCCGCCAUGAUCUUCUUCUGGGCCUCGAGAGGCGAGGGCCGACGGCGCCGCUGCUAUUGAACGGCGCUAACGGCGACACCCAUUUCUUUGUUUUAUGGGCUAUCCCGAUGAUGCGAAAUUCGAUCCCUUUGCGUCCAUUCGGCGGCAACGCCGUAGCAGCAGGUGCACCAUCACCAACCCCCGGUUCUUCUGCGGCAUCGCCGCUCCGCGUAAUGUGGCACUGGGAAAUUGUACACCCCAGCCCAUGCCUUGACGGUCAACCGCAGCCCCCCACCUCAAGACGGAGGGGAGAUUCUCGAACGGGUUCGCUGCCCUCGGAAGGUACAGCACCUUGCUGCUGUCAUUUGCAUUGUCGGCCGCAUACAUGCGGCCGCCUGGCAGGUAUUAUUCGACCCUGUCCCAGGAGUUGCGAUGGGUCCCAGGACCUUGCUGAUUUGGUUUGGCGACCCGUGGAUUCGAGUCGACUCCUCGGUGUGCAGUACCAUUGACCAAGGCGAAGUCCGAUACACAUUCCUCCCCUUUAUGGCUUGUGUCAAUCGUAUGAAAACGACCCCUUCCCCCUUGGAACCCAUUCGAUUGGCCGUAUACAGCAGGAGGAGUGGCAUCGCCACUCCUCCCCUAUGUCCAUCUAUUCGGACAUCCUCGCCGCCCCAGCUGGGGCGGCGUGCUGGAUACUCCUGCCGUCGACAGGCACAGCAUUGUGGUUGCUGUCCGUCUCACCAGCGGCCGUAUAUACAUGCGGCCGCUCCUGGCCGGUUCUUGAAUCUGUCCCCCCAGGAGUUGUUCCCUGGAAGAUAGCCGUUGUUUGAUGAUUGUAUUGUUGGCAAUGGCAGUAGGCCCGUGCUGAUUUUCGGCCUGGGUGUUGCCGAGCCCUAGUGGGGUUUUGGACGUUCAUGUUGGUGUUACCAAAUGACUGUUCGUUGACGGGUGUAUAGUUUGCAGUAAGCAGCCCCGGUCUGAUACUGUCCUGGCUGGUUGGUCCCGAGCCCUAGAGGGGACCAAGGCUCUUUUGUUGGCAUUACCGGCAAACACCGGUUGAUCGGCGGCCGUGUCAUUGGUUUCAUCCCCAUCGGGGAUAUUCCCAGAUACUCGUCCAUGAUGUUUGGCUGCUCUGCAGGAUCACUUGAAUCCGUCCCAGGAGUUGCCGCCUGGCAAGUGUUCGAACCCGUCGCAGGCGCAGUCUGGUGCGACUCCUGGGACCUUGUUGGUUUGGUUUGACGAUCCAUUGGUGGGACGACCUCUCGGUAUGCUGCUGCGGCGUGAGAGCCACCUUCCGUGGCGAAGGUGGCACGCGGAAGGAAUAGGACCCCAAACCUGGAGGUCCUGCCAAGGGGUUCAACCAGCUGGUGCAUCGCACCAGCCAACCCCCCGUUCUUCGGGCCGCAAACCCCCCAACCCCCGUUCCUCAGGUCGCAAACCCCUAACCCCCGUCCCACGGGCCUCACUGACGAGACCGUCGUAUGAUGGUGACGGCUGUCGUACUGCUCCUGUCGGCGUAACUGCGACGGCACUCCCUGGCCCAGGAGGAGCAGGGCGUUGGUGUUGUUGUUGUUGUUGCGUCAGAAACCACAUUACUCCCAUCCUGCCCCUGAUUUACCGUCCCGGCCGGGGAAUGACUUGACGUGGCAAGGCAGAUCAAUGUGAUCUUGUACAGCCUCGUGUUGAUGGCAUCGCCAUCAACACCGCAAGGAUGAGGAAGCCUCGUGCGGGAGGCUUAGCCUUUCAUCCUCGCUCUACCACCGACGACCCCGUGGGCAGGAACAGGGGCACGGGCAUAUAAUUCCACCCUCCUCCGAAGGCACAGGGGCAGGCCCAGUUUGUGGGCGGGCGACAGACCCCCGCAGCCCUCGACUCUGACUCUUCCAGCACGCACCACCACCCUCCUCCCAGCUGACAGGGGCAGCCCCAGUUUGCGACCGCGACCACUGUCCCACGGCCCUUGACCGUCCUGUUACUGCUGCCGCUUCGGCUGGCUGUGGCUGUGGUUGCUGUUUGUCUGUUCAUGCUGGUUGGCACUCAUGCUCGCUGUUGCACGUGGCCGGUUCUUGGAAUUCAUUUGGCUUCCAUAUGAACACAAGAGAUGACAAUGACAAUGACGCGGGAAGUCCAAGAGUGGAUGUCCUUUGAAGAAAAUGGGAGAUAAGUACCAGUGGCACCAUCACAUCCAUCUUUAUCUUCAUCUUCACCAUCAUUGUUGUCAUUGUCAUUGUCCCUGUGUUCUCUGAAAGUGAAUCCAAAAACCGACCACAUGAACACCUGAGCAGUGAAUAUGCCAAUCCGCGAUAUCAGUGAAUGAUCGAUUGAGAAUGUGUUGUGUGGGUGUUUGUUCACUUACCAUUGCACAAGCCAGGACUUACCGCCAGUUGGUGUUCAGGUGUUGAUAAUUUUAUAUAUACCGACUUGGUAGGAAGCUUCAGAGCAGCCCCAACCAACGAACGGUAUAUUGAACAGGUUGUCGAAGGGGCCCAUGGAAACCCGGGCCUGUCGGCCACCUGUGUUUUCCAGGCGGAGCCGCCACGGAUAUGACAAGCACCGAACCUGUCGUGGUUCCCCACAUAGAUGGACAACCACUGUGUCGGUCACUGUGGACAACUUGCACCCCAAAGGAGCAAAUCCUUUGUAUUCCAGUGGCUCGGACCCGUUGCGCUUGUCGAAAGCCACAAGGGCCCUUGGCGGGCUGGGUCGGUAGCAGGCCAAAGCCAAGCCGCUUACUGUCCUUCAAAUUCCGCUGUGCGUUUCCGACGACAGUGGUUUGCAGCCAGAGUGGCCGGCCCUUGACUCUCUAUUCCCAGAGGGACCAUUCUUCCUGGCUUUGUUGCAGGGAUCAUCGACGCGGCCAUCGGCCGUUCGAAUGCCCAGAACCCGGAACCAGGGGACUUCGAUGGCCCCAUCUGUGGAAUGUCCCGUGAGUCUUGCUACUGCAAGACUCGGCCAUCGGCCAUUGGGGACAUGGGAGUCGAGGGACGGACACACCAGAGCUUGAAGCGAAAAACGGAGCAAGCCGGUGCAGCCCAUGCAAUGCUCGCCAGCAGGCCGAUACGCGGCCGCCUGGCAGGUGCUCGAAUCUGGCCUGCCAGGCGGCCGCGGCAGUCGAAUCGGUCCCAGGUGUUGCGCUGGGACAGGACCUUGCUGGGUUUCCGAUCAAAUGGUGGGGGUAUCUUGCACCCACAGGGGCAAGCCGCGUAGCAUAUCGGUCUUGCGCGAGACCUUCCUCUGCCCCCCACCCACCGUCAGAGGGAGUUUUGAUUGUAGGAUGAAGCGAUGGACAAGAGGGACGGGCGCUCGCUCCUGCCUUUUGGAAAAUCACAUCAUCUUAGAAACCAGAUGAUGGUAAUGGACCGCGCUUGGAAGCCCCAAUACGCUCUGCCUCUCGUGGGUUGCCCAUCCGGGGCAGGGGUUGCACGGCCCGCCUGAGGCGUUGUAGACAGGCCGAGGAGUGGCAUCGCCACUCCUCACCCAUGUACACCCAGUUGGACCAGCUGGGCUUGGGCAGCUCUAUCGCUCAGCUUCGCGAGGAUUGCCAUCAGAAGAGUGUCGCCGUGUGUCCACGACCACACUCUUUAUGGCAUGGUGGGAGUGGCAUCGCCACUCCUCACCCAAGUCCGCAUGAUCCAGCCAAACAUGUCGCGUGGGGUCAACUUGACCGUCGCGCCGAAUACUCCUUUGAGCUUCCUCAGGUGCUGCGACGAAUCAAGCAGGCAGCACGCCACGCCGACCACUGCACGUCAACGGAGCGCCAGCAGCCUUGUUGCUGUUGACUUCUCCAUAUUGCAGUGCCUCGGGCAGGAGGAGGAUUCUUGUUCAAAGUCAGCAUCAUGAAUGACAAGACAAGAGAAAGGGAAGCAAGGUCUGCACUAACCAGACAACGACUGAAUUGUCGCCACCAUAGGGUGUAUUUUUAUUUAUAUACCGGCAUCAUCAGCCUUGAAAGAGCAUGCUGCUUUUGCUGUCUUGACAGUGUCGCGCGGGCGUAGGCGCAGGCAGGCGACAAAGUUCAAGUUCAGCUGCUCAACUUGACCAGGCUGAUGAUCCGGGGCUCGAUCCGAUGAAUUUGAGGCGUGAUGGUUGAUUGUCGUUCAUGGCAGAGAGCACUUUUGUAAGGAGCAAGAGGUUGACGAAGGAAGUGUCUUUUGAUCAUGUUCAAGGCAGAGAGCACUUGUCUGUAGGAGGAGGGUUGAAGUCGAUCUAUCAGACAUGUCUGAUAGAGGUGAUAUUAAACUGCGCCAGAUAGGUUAGUAAGGUGUCUUUGAGAUGUUGAAAUUGUCGCAGUUAAAAGUGAUCAACCACUUACAUUGCCAUUGUUGAUCUGCACCACCAUUUCACAGUUAUGGUUUUGCAGUUUUGCAGUUGAGCAUUUGUGGUUUUCGCAGUUAUCGCAGUUGUAAGUUCGGGUUUUCAAUUUCGCGAUCUUGCUUUCGUGGUGGUGAUUUCGCGAUUUGCGGGUUUCGCGAUACCAAGGCAGAAGACCAUUGUAGGCUGCUCCAGCCAAACCCCCUUGGAAGGCUUUCAGCCAACCAGAGCGACACCAUUGUAUACAGCCUCGGCCAAGCCAAGGGACCUUCAGCCAAAGCCAAAGGCACCUUGCAAUUGGCAACGAUGGCUGUGCAGAGCCAGGCUGGUUGGUUGGUCCUUGAUGAAGAAGGAAAAGAAAGAGAGAGGAGAAGAGGGAGGAGAAGGGGGCUACUUAUACUUCUGAGAGUAGCGACAGUGAAUAAUUCGAGAGUGAAUACGGGAGCGCCAGGACAAUAUCACUAAGCUUGGCGACAGUAUGAAGUAGUGAUAGAACGAGUGAUGUGUGUUGUCACUUGGGUGACACGGAUAGAUAGAGUGAAGUAAGGUGAAUAACAAUAGCUGAAAAUGGAAUAAUGCGACGCUGCGACAGGCAGAGUAGUAGCGUCACUUGUGGUAAUUAAACUGAAGGUGAAGGUGAA